AUGACUGCAUUGAGACGAUAAAUUUGGAUUUACAAAAUUCCUGUAAAUCACGUUGUAAAUAGCUGGACAGCCACAAAAACUCUACGUCCAAAUGCAGCUACGCCACUAGUUAUUGCGCAAAUCGAAAGUUUCCUACUUUCUAGUCAGAAAUGUUAGACACUGAAGUGCAGUAUGACCUAGAAUUUUUCUACAGGUUUUAUUUAAAAAUUUUGGGUGAAACAUUGUUAUAUUUUCGGAAUUUUGCUUUGUACAUUAGUGUUUGGGUGUUUAGUUACUUGGUGGUAUGUUGUAUUGUGUAUCGACGGUAUGCAAGGCGGCUGCCGACUCGGACCCGCGGGGCGCUCAAAACCAAGCGAGUACUGAUGGUUGUGGCCCAUCCGGACGAUGAAUGCAUGUUCUUCGGGCCUACUAUCUUCAGAUUGUGCGAGCAGGGCGCUGAUGUACAUGUACUUUGCCUAACUAACGGUAAUUAUGAGGGGAAAGGACAAAUACGGCGUUCAGAACUAUGGGAUGCUUGCAAAGAACUUGGUGUUCCAGGUCAGAAUAUAUGUCUGAUAAUGGAUACAAGGUUAAGAGAUGACCCAAAAUGCCAGUGGCCAGUUCCCAUUGUUGCUAAACUCAUACAACACAGGCUGGAGUCAUUAGACAUAGACACACUUGUUACGUUUGAUAGAGGAGGCAUCUCCUCUCAUCCAAACCAUUCUGCAGUUUUUUAUGCAGUUGCUUAUAUGUUUGUUGAGAAGCUGGUGCCUAAAAGAUGCACAGUUUACACAUUAGACUCAGUGAAUGUAUUGAGAAAGUACAUAGCUUUUCUAGACCUUCCACUUAGUUUUGUAUUGUCUUCCAAAAGAUACUUCCUUCGCUGGACGGAGAGCCGGCGCGUGGUGCGGGCGAUGAAACGUCACAAAUCACAGAUGGUGUGGUUCCGCCACCUGUAUGUGAUGUUCUCUAGGUAUAUGGUCAUCAACACGCUCAGGAGAAUAAGCCUUGCAGACAUUGAGUUGGAGCUUGAAGUCGAUGAUUAGCUUGAUAUCACAGCAGCUUCAUACAGGGUGUCAGUGACACUGUUAUGAAAACUUAAGGGAUGAUUCUGAUCAUGAUUCUGAAUUGAUAUAAAAUGGAAUUUCCCGUCGGAAAAUUUGUGAUUCUUUUAGUUUCUUUUUGAAUUAUUUUCAGUCCCAUAUUGUGUUUUAAGCUGCAUAGAACCCAAAUUUAAAUUUAAAAAAUAACAGUGACAAAGUAAUGUAAAUCGAACAACGCAAGUAAUCGCUAGACUACUUUAUACGUAGUUCGAUAUACAUUGCGGCGCAGCUAAAACUCAAGAUCAGAAUAAAACAUUUCCGACAAGCAGACAUUUUUUUUUGUUAUGGUGUCACUAACACCCGAUCGACGAGACGACCUAUCAACUAAUAUACAGGUAUAUUACAGAUGUUGAUAGGUCGUCGGUUUUGAUACCAGUCUUCUUCUUCGCAAAAAUUGCAAAAAUAAAUUAAGGUAUUUUUCAUAAGUCUCUAUUAGCUGGGCAUAAAAUCCAAUUUGAAAUCAUACUAUGUCGUAAACAAUAAUGUGACGAAAGCACUUUGGUAUCGCAUCUGGUUCCGCAUUAGAUGAUUAUAUGAAUGACAAGAGCUAAGGGUUUAAGUCCCGUCCAAAUCAGACUUUCGGUUUAAUUUUCUGCUUUGACGCCAGCCUGUAUUAUUGCUGUCUGAACUGCGUGUCUCAGCGAUCGCAGAACCAAGAGCAUACCGCAUCAUAUUUACAUACAUAAUCACGCCCUUCAUUCCUAUAGAGGUAGGCUUAUCAUUAAGUUGACUUGUCAAUUAUUACAUGGUGUGGCACAAGUAACUGCAGGAUAAAACUGCUUAAUUAUUACUGGAAAUAUUAGCAGUUGAAUACAUCUCUGAACUUUCGCCUUUCACGAUUAGUAUUGGUGAGGUGUCUUAGGGUGCCUGAUAUCAUGUUCAUACUUACAAUUAUAUUGGUUCCAUGUGUUAAAAAUUAAAGAGGCUUUCCGAUUUUAAGCAUUAAGAGAAGGAAAAUGUUCAAAAACCUGUAUGUUGCGUAAAACCCUGAAAUGUAUGUGUCGUGGCCAGAUCUAGAAUUGAUCAUUUCAUGAUGCGCUAUCAUAUCAUGAAAUGAACAUAGUCGAACACAUCCUGAAAUGAUCAAUUCUAAGGUCUGGCCACGACAUAAUAUGUACCAUUAGAGUGACAUAGCUUUUGUCUCUUUCGUACUAACCUGUAUACCGUUUUCGCACUACUCCGAUUCUUAUCCGAAUUUCGAAGUGGCUGUUCGGCUGGUGGUCAUUAUCGGACUUGGAUCACGGAUAAGAAUCUGAUAUAGUUAGAAAACGCCCUUAGUGCGAAAGAGGCAUGUCAUUAUUCGUCUCUUUCGCACGAAGCGAUGUACUUUAUAUCUCUGUCUUUUCAUUCUAAUCAUAGUCUCCUGUAGGCAGAGGCAAAAUCGAAUGAUCAAAGCUUUUGAUCGCAAAGGGCUAUACUGAUCAAACUAUCGAUCUACUUUGAGUUACUUUACUCAAUGCCUUUACUCCAGUUAUUUAAUUCAAAAGCAUACAUGACAAGUAGAUACAAAAAUAUAGAUUUUUAAAAACAAAAUAACCAACAAUCAAGUACAAAGUUGAAAUUUAAAACGGUUUAACGUCGCUGUAUAUUUAUCAACCGAAUUUAAAAAAAUGAUUUUACAAUUCCUAAUCCGCAUUUUCUGUGUAAAGUACUAUAAUGUAAAUAAAAAUAAAGUGAUGGGUGAUUGUAAAAUGUUUUACAAUAAGAUGAGACUAAGGAGAUUGUAAAUUAUUAUAAUUAAUAAAAUGUUAAAUGUCCUGUAUGUGAAAUAGUCAUUUGUAAAAUGAAAAGUAUGGAUGUUGUUAUUAAAAAAAAUGUUUAUGAGAGUAAAUCAUAAUAAAUAAAAACUAUUCGAUCGUUAAACGUUUACUGUUCACCAACAACUUGUAUUUAUAAAUUUAAAAAAAAACAUUUUUCUUUCGCCAUAUCAGUUCUGUGAUAUAUUAUGUGGUUCUUGCUUAUUUUAACGAGCUUGCAUCCAUGUCUUUUUUUUUUUUUUAAUUUUAAUAAUAUUAUGUCUUAAGCUUGUUACUUAUUUCCAAAAUGAAACAUUGUUAUUUUACCUCGCUGCAAUAAACGACCAAGUUGGUAUUGUU